AUGGCACAGCCAAAGCUAAACGAGAAUGGCAUUCCGAAUUUCGACGACCUACCUGUGAGGAGAGGAGAUCCACACCACUCCGCCUGGGGCCUAUACGGAGAGGCUGACGAGCUUGGAACCUUGAAUCGGCUCACUAAUGAGCGAGUAGCAUCCGCUGCAAAGGAUGAGAUCAGAAACGGUACUAGGAUUUCAUUGAACUGGCCCUUGGAUGCUCAGGCGAAGAAGUCCUUCUUUGACAGACAACUUUUCCAUCAGGAGAUGUGGCCCAAGCCACCGAGAGUAGUCAACGAUGACUUCUGGUCUUUCAACUCACAGGUGUCCAGCCAGUGGGAUGGCUUACGCCAUUUUGCCUAUCAAAAAGAGGCGAAGUUCUACAAUGGCGUGACGAUGGAGGAUAUUCAUGGCGUUGAUAGUAACGCUCCCGCCACCUUGAAGCUGACCAAGAUGAUAGCUUGGACAGAGAAAGGUAUAGUUGGAAGGGGCAUUCUUGUGGACUUUCAUAGUUGGAGACUGGAGCAGAACGACUCGGCUUACACCAAUUUUGACGCCUUUGAAACGACACCCAUUCCCCUAAACGACUUGAAAGCCUGCCUUCAAGCUCAGGGAACGGAGGUGAAGUUUGGAGAUAUACUGAUUAUUCGUUCUGGAUGGAUGGUCGCCCAGGCCCUGAAGACCGAGGCCGAGCUGUCAGCGUUCCAAGACGUGAAACCUCCACAUUUCGUCGGCGUGGAGCAGAGUGAAGAGAUGAUCCGCUGGAUAUGGGAGAACUUCUCAGCUGUGGCUGGCGACCAGCCGUCCUUUGAGUGCUGGCCAACACAAAAGGACUGGUCGCUGCAUGAAGUUCUACUGGCGGGCUACGGCUGUCCCAUCGGAGAGCUCUUCCAUCUCGAGAAGCUUGCUGAGCAGUGCAAGAAGGAGAAGCGGUGGAGUUUUUUUGUUGCCAGUGAGCCGUGCAAUGUCCCUGGCGGCGUAGCGAGAGAUAAGUGA